GUAGCUGCAGGCAUCCCUUGCUAUAACUUUUAAAUUAUACUUGGAAAGAAACUGGCCAAAGGGGGCAAAAAUGAUAAAGUUUUUCCUCAUGGUGAACAAACAAGGGCAGACCCGACUGUCGAGGUACUAUGAGCACGUGGAGAUUAAUAAACGCACACUUCUAGAAACGGAGGUCAUCAAGUGUUGUCUGUCUCGAUCCAGCGAACAGUGCUCGUUCAUCGAAUAUAAGGAUUUUAAACUGAUUUACCGGCAGUAUGCAGCUCUCUUCAUUGUGGUCGGAGUUAAUGACACGGAGAAUGAGAUGGCUGUUUAUGAAUUUAUACACAAUUUUGUGGAAGUUUUAGAUGAGUACUUCAGCCGAGUGAGUGAACUAGAUAUAAUGUUUAAUUUGGAUAAAGUCCACAUCAUUUUGGAUGAGAUGCUGUUAAACGGCUGCAUCGUGGAAACUAACAGAGCAAGAAUCCUUGCCCCUUUACUGAUUCUUGACAAGAUGUCAGAAAGCUGAUGAAGACUGCCAAACAAGGUCUGUACAGUGUAGACGUCCAGGAAGAUAUCAUCUAGAACCACGCAGCCUUCCACAACAGUCAGUGGCUGUUUCCCAUCAUUCCUAAAGAGAAAACAGCAGGAUUGUAGUGGAAAAGACAUGUGGCAGUUGUCCAUCAGCCAAUAAAUUUCAAGUUGACU